AAUCACUCACGUGUACGCGACGCAGCGCAAAGUAAGGUUAACUGCUUGUCAGCUGUUGUCAAUAGUCAUCCUUCCUGCCUUCCUCAUCAAUUUUCAUGGCAUUUACCUUUAGCUAGAGCUUUUUUUUAUAAUAAAAUAUAGGAACAAAAUGACAACGAAGAAAGGUAAGGUACUGACCAAGGGUGCGAAGCAGAUAACAGAGGAGAAUACCUCUACAUUGAGCUUCUACACCAAUAUGGCCCUGGGUGCAAUGGGAGUUUAUUUCGCCGUGAUGAUGGUGCUGUUUGAGUUCACAACAUUAACAAUAACUCUAACGGCAUUUUCUACAAUUGUAUAUAUAGGAAGUUAUCAAUUCAUGUCAUAUAUGGCUCGUGCCAAAUAUUCAGAGUCUGGUCAGCUCCUGGACUCUGGUGUUGAUCUCAAUAUGGAAGGUGGUAUAGGAGAACAUGUUAAAGACUUAAUCAUACUGACAUCCGGAGUACAAAUUCUAUCCCUUGUUUCAAAUUACUUCUGGUUAUUGUGGCUCCUGGUACCAUUGAGAGGAGGCUGGAUGCUCUGGAAGCAGAUUUUAGCACCAUGGUUUUUUACUGAACAGCCACAAGAACAACAGCCUGAAGUAAAACGCAAGAAAGUGAAACAUUAUGCAAUGCGACACUAAGAAAGUACAUUAGACAUCGCAGUGCGAUAUGGAAAUUCCAUUGUACAAUUUAUUUAACUGGAUAAUGAAGAACAAACUCAGAAAAUACGGGGGAGAGAAAGAACUUCAGGCUCUUUUGAUAUCUAAGGUAUAGGAAGAUGAUUCAGCAUUUAAUAAAGUAAAUUUAAAAUCAAACGAGACUUUAAGAUUUGCGCCGUUUUAUUACAAACAUAAAUAGAAAAACAUUUCUAGGAAAACAAUAGGGUUUAAGAAAUCGCGAACUAGAAAACAGAUUUUGUCUUUACUGGAGCAUUCCAAGUAAUUAAUUCUGAUCGAUAGAUCGCAUUGACAAUUAAUCGCGACUAGAAUUAAAAUACUCUUGUUAUUUAAUAUCUACGGAUUUGUUCCUAUAAGUUGAAGACAAUGCUAAUAAUCAUUAGGAUAUUAAAUAUAAAUAUAUAAACGUAUUCAUGUGAACAGAGACAUUAAUAUUUUAAUAAUUGUUAUCAUCGAUUUUAUGACUUUCAUAGGACUAAAGCCGUAGAAAUUGAUAAAAAGUGUUCCAGCGUGUUCAUUUCUUUAUAUUCCUCUAUUUUCGUUAAUUAUAAUGUUACAAAUGACAUCACAAGUGCUGCGUUUUUUUAAAAUCUUCCAUAAUGCAUGAAAAUUUAAGUAUAAUAAUGUGGUGAACAGGUGCCUUCAAGAAAAUGCAAAAAUUCACAACACGUAUUCAGAAAAAUAUGAAAGUCGAACCAAUGGAGAUAAUUUAUGCAUAUUGUAUCUUUAAAAGUCCACCUACUUUCCUUCUAUUGCAAAUGAAUUCGAUUAAAAUUAGGUUGUAUCAAUCAGGAAUAUGUAUUGGUUAUUUAUUCAACAAUGCAAAUAUGUAACUCAUGCUAUUUAUUGAAUUUUGGAAGUUGACAAAUCGAUGCAUCACAGUUUUAUUUAAAUGUAAAAAUGUACUGUACUUUAUAAUUAAAUCUUUAAUCUUUACUUGGGAAUGAAAACUUAAGACUACGGAAGUUAGCAAUCGGUUUUAUAUAGUUAUAUAUUUCGUAUAGUUAUUUAUAUUAAUCGUUGGACUCAAUUUUCUAUACAUGAACCGCAAAAUGUAUAGUGCGCGAUGAAACAAUCUUCUCUUUAAAAUUAGGCCAACGUUUGUACUUCAUGUCUAGCGUUAGUUAAACGCAUCCAUUUAAUUCACAGCUUUCGUUUUGGCUUUCGCGAAUGCACGCUUCUGUUCAGUGAAAUUUAUAAUUAAUUUGUAUAAAUUAAAUUACCUAAUUAUUUGAACAAAUGUCUAUCCACGAAUCUAUAUUAGUCACAUGUGACGAAUUAUUCUAGAAGAAAAUUUUUUGGCAGGAAAAACAAUAGGACGAUCAUGUGCUGGCAGAUAGAAGCAUAAAGAAUUGCAGAGUUUGCUUGCUCAACAUUGACUUCACUGAACAGCAGUGUACAGUACCGCCAAAUUAUAGAAACUAGUCAGUUUAUGAAAUUGCCUAGAUUCUACAUUCUGUCGAUAAUAUUAAUACUUCGCAAUUGGAACAACCAAUAUCACUUUGUAGCUGGGUGUUAAAAAAAGUCACUUUUUAAGUCGAUUAUUUUAUAGAAAUAUAAUUUCUUUCUGCUCAUUUAAUUUCAAAUCAGAGAAACGUGUGCAAUGCCAUUUAUUUCCUUUUAUUUCCCGGCUAGACAUAUGGUCUGUUCCAAUUGAUUAUAUAUUGAUAAGGAUGUAUAUAUACAUAUAAAGAUUAACAAUUAGAUAUAAUUGCGUGCGGUUUAAAGUAUUACGAGAUGCCAUGGAAUGUGUAACGUGGAAUAAUUCUCUUCAAACAUUA